AUGAGUGAAGAAAGUGUGAUUGACACCAUCAUGGACGAUUUGCUCAUGGAAGAAAGUCGACUUGAACAGGACCUUUCGACUUCUGAAGACGAGAACAAUGAAAUGGUGGAUGCUGAAACUCAAGCCAAGCGAAACUGGGUCAUGCUUAUGCGCCAUCAGUUUUCUGUUCGUGCUGAAUUUCCUUCCACUAAAACGAUACUCAAGGCAAACGGAAGAUUAAACCAAGAAUACUUUCGACCUAACGCAGAUACACAUCAAAAGAAGGAACACAUAUGGACAGUUGCUGAGAGAGACCUCUUGAUUCAGGGCAUUCAAAAGUAUGGCAUUGGCAACUGGAAUGACAUUCGCAAAGAGCUAUUGAAUGAAUGGACAUCCAACGAUUUGAGGCUGAAAUGUGUUCGGCUAAUUGGACGCCAAAAUCUACAAUUGUAUAAAGAUUGGAAGGGUAAUGCAGACGAAAUACAACGCGAAUACGAGAACAACAAACGAAUUGGAACAAAAUACGGCGCUUGGAAGCAAAGCGUGCUUGUCUAUGAUGAUGGUGGCAAAGUAGAAGAGGAAUUAGUGGCGUAUCAUCAAAAGUAG